AUGUGGAAGCAGCAGGGAGGUAAGAUCCGGACGGUGACGGUGACGUCCACCAAGGACAAGGGGGACAGGCUGCAUGAGAGUGCGUGUCUGCGCGACGCUGUGAGGAAGGCAGGCAAGCACGAGCACAUCGUGGAGCUGCUGGGAGUAGCGCAGAACGAGCCCGUGGGCUUCAACUCGCUGGUCAUGGAGUUCUCCUCCAUGGGAUCGCUUGACCGCGUCCUGCAGACGGCCAAGGCAGGUGGGAGCGGAGUGAGCAACGUGGUGCUGGUGGAGGCAGCGAAGCAGGCAUGCGAGGGGAUGCUGCACCUGCAUCAGAACGGCAUCAUCCACUGCAACCUCGCGGCUCACAACCUGAUGGUGAUGAGCUUCCAUGCCAGCGACUACCGGAGCGUGCGCGUCAAGGUCGCCGACUACCUCUCCUCGCUCUUCCUUCCCCGCCGGGGGGAGAGGACGCAGGGGCGCGUGAGCUCGAGGGAGGACGACGUGCGGUGGCAGGCGCCGGAGACGAUCUCGUCGGGGACGCACUCGUCCAAGAGCGACGUGUGGUCGUACGGCAUCGUGCUGUGGCAGAUCUGGUCCAUGGGAUCGCUGCCCUUCCCCCACCUCAAGACGCCGCGAGAGGUGAAGGACCGCGUGCUCCGAGGAGAGGUCCCAGGAAGGCUGCCCAGCUCGACGUGUCCUGACAAGGUGUACUCGACCAUGGAGCUGUGCUGGGGGCAGCAGCCGCACAAGCGAACCUCGUUCCUGCUGCUGCGAGCGAUGCUCAAGGAAGUAAACCGUGAGGUGCUGGUGAGCAGGGAGCCCAGGAAAAAACGCGGGGGUAAAUGA